AGACAUCCGGGAUAAAUGACUCAGCUGAGCUCAAUGAAGCCAAAACAUGUGCGUCCAGGCUUAAUUGGUUGCACAAAGACCAAGCCAGGAUGAGCAGACACGGAUUCAUUAAGCCAGGUGAAACCAAUCCUGGAUAGGUGCGCGCUCACGGCUCACUCAAAUAGACCCCGCCACAGAUUAACUGAUUUACCAUGGCAACUAGAGCCGCGUACUUUUCCCCGUCGGAAGCACAAAUCCUCAUGGAGGCAUACGAGGAGGUAAAAGAUAUAAUUAAGAAGAAAGGCAACACCGCCACAGUGAUAAAGCAAAGAGAAAAAGCGUGGCAAAGUAUUGCAGACCGCCUGAAUGCAUUAAACAUGAACGGGCCAAAACGGACAUGGCAGCAGGUCAAAAUCAAAUACAAGAACAUUCUGCAGAAUGCAGUGAAAAAGAAUACCCACAGACAAGGCACGGGUGGUGGGUCACCAAAGGCUGACCUUACCCCAGCAGAGGACAUGGCCUUGGAGCUAAAUAAAGGCAGGCCCGUCUUAGAGGGGAUCCCUGGGGGGAAAGAGACGAGCAUAGGUUCCUCCCAAGAUGCCACCCGCUUCAUUCAAGUGUCUGGCAGCACUGUGUUCCUGUUAGAGCCACCAGCACAAGCACCAGACGAUGCUGAUCCAGGUGAAGGCCCCAGUGCAGCAGCAACAGCACAUGAUGGAGACGAUGAUGAUGAUGAGGAGGAGACCAUCUCUCUGGAUUCCAGAAGGCAUGAGGACCCAGAUGCUAUACAGUGGGAAAACCAGCCUGGCAACAUAAGCUCACAAGCUAUCAGAAAGUUGUAUGGCAACCACCUCCGGCGCCAAAUAGAACUGGCAGACAUAGACAUUCAGUACAAGAAGAAAAAGAUGGAAAAUCUUGCACUGGAGUCCGAAAUAAAAAAGAGGACAAUUAGGAAACUGGACCUUGAAAUAAAAAACCUUGAGAGGGAGCUCCAAGAAGAUGACACAGCUCAAAAUAAAAAAUUAGCAAUCAGUACAACCAAGUCAUCGUUAUAAGGCAUCGCCCUCUUUUGCCCACCCCCCCAGCACCAGGUGUGGCCACUAGCCUAUAUGAAGGCCCAAAAUUGUGUGUUCCUUUCUGCUCUGACAAUGGCAUGCCCAUUCGUGCGAGAUGUGGUGGAUGAAGAAGCACUUGUGCUGAGGAGAGCCUUCAGGCGAGAAAGGGUCUUCAGGGACCAGUUGGACCCACUGGCCUUCCCUGACGACCAUCUAUAUGAAAGAUACAGGUUUU